CCUCUCGGGGCAGGGACAGCGCCCCCACCCCCACCCCGGGGCUGGGGAAACCGAGGACUGAAGACUGGGAGAUGUGAUCUGGGGGGCCGGGCAAGAUGGGGACGAGGGGCCUGGAGCCUUGUCUGAGGAGAGCCAGAGACCUUUGUCUCUGACCGGUUUCCUUCCCAACCAGGGUUGCCCACCCCCCGCCACAAUGGCCUCUGGGGUGGAAGUCCUGCGCUUCCAGCUGCCGGGCCACGAGGCUGCUACACUGCGGAACAUGAACCAGCUCCGCGCAGAGGAGCGGUUCUGCGACGUGACCAUUGUGGCCGACAGCCUCAAGUUCCGAGGUCACAAGGUCAUCCUGGCUGCCUGCUCCCCUUUCCUGCGGGACCAGUUCCUGCUGAACCCCAGCUCUGAGCUGCAGGUCUCACUCAUGCACAGCGCACGCAUAGUGGCCGACCUGCUGCUCUCCUGCUACACGGGCGCCCUGGAAUUCGCUGUCAGGGACAUCGUCAACUACCUGACCGCCGCCUCCUACCUGCAGAUGGAGCACGUGGUGGAGAAGUGCCGGAAUGCCCUCAGUCAGUUUAUCGAGCCCAAAAUAGGCCUCAAAGAGGAUGGGGUCAGCGAUGCCAGCCUUGUGAGCAGUGUCAGUGCCACCAAAUCCCUCCUCCCUCCUGCCAGGACCCCAAAGCCAGCCCCCAAACCCCCACCUCCACCCCCGCUUCCCCCUCCCCUCCUUCGGCCUGUGAAGCUAGAGUUUCCGCUGGAUGAGGACCUGGAGCUGAAGGCUGAGGAAGAGGAUGAGGAUGAGGAUGAGGAUGUGUCUGACAUCUGCAUCGUCAAGGUGGAGUCUGCCCUGGAGGUGGCACACCGCCUCAAACCUCCCGGAGGCCUGGGAGGAGGUCUGGGCAUCGGAGGCUCGGUGGGCAGCCACCUGGGGGAGCUGGCCCAGAGCAGCGUGCCCCCCAGCACUGUGGCCCCACCGCAGGGCGUGGUGAAAGCUUGCUACAGCCUGUCCGAGGAUGCGGAAGGGGAGGGCCUGCUGUUGAUCCCUGGAGGCCGGGCCAGCGUCGGGGCCACCUCUGGCCUGGUGGAGGCAGCAGCAGUGGGGGGCAGCCGGGGGCCCCUGCCCGGAGGCUUCUCCAGUGGCAGCUCCCUGAAGAACAUCAAGUGCACCAAGUGCCCGGAGGUGUUCCAGGGCGUGGAGAAGCUGGUCUUCCACAUGCGAGCGCAGCACUUCAUCUUCAUGUGCCCGCGCUGCGGCAAGCAGUUCAACCACAGCAGCAACCUCAACCGCCACAUGAACGUGCACCGCGGCGUCAAGUCGCACUCCUGUGGCAUCUGCGGCAAGUGCUUCACGCAGAAGUCCACGCUGCACGACCACCUCAACCUGCACUCGGGAGCCAGGCCCUAUCGCUGCUCCUACUGCGACGUGCGCUUUGCGCACAAGCCUGCGAUUAGGCGGCACCUCAAGGAGCAGCACGGCAAGACGACGGCCGAGAACGUGCUGGAGGCCAGCGUGGCGGAGAUCAAUGUCCUCAUCCGCUAGCGGGGCCCGGCUCUGGGUCGGUGGGCUGGGUGGGAAGGGAUCCCCUGGCCCGGAGAAGUGGGGGUCGGGGACACGCAGGUAUGGUGGGGAGCCUGAGCAGACACACACGUCCUGAGCGAGGGGCCCAAGAUUCCUGGACAGAAGAGCUGCCUCUUCCGAAGAAAAGGGUGGAGAGGGAGAGGGUUGUUCUUUGAGAAGGCCAAGGGAGGGGGGCCCCAGAGAGACUGACUCCUCUCCGAGGUGCAUGCGGCUGUGGAGGGAAAAGGUCCUCCGGAACGAGGCGGCAAAGGGACUGGAAACUUUCCUGGCCACACCUGCCCAGGGAGAGGUCUGACGUUUCUUGAGGUGGGGUGGGGGGGUGGGAACUGGGAGGGUAUUUGGCAGGGGUUCCUUACAUGCUCCUGCUUAGAAUAGAUUCUUGGGAGAGGGACUGGUAGGGGGAAGGAUUGAGCCCCAGAAAAGGAAGGGGGACAGGUCUUGCAUGCUGGGGAAUGGGACUGUGGGUACAAGGCUCACCAAAAUUCUAGGAAGAACAAGGUGGCAGGUAAGAGAACAUAGGGAUGAGCAUCCUGGAUAGUAUCGGGAAGUGGGGUACAAUAGCAAAAACGGGAAUAAGGGGGUGGGGAGAGGGCACUUAGAUGAAAGGACACAAGAAGAGCUGUUUAGGGGGAGGGAGAGGAGUAGAGACUUAUACAGUAUUUUUUAAAAA